UUUAAGGUAUCAAACUACUUUUCUUACACCUUGAAUAUCAAAUGACUUUUGACUCAGUAAUUGAAAACAUGUUCAUUAUAGAAGAGGUGUAUUCAAGUGAUUGUUUUGUGUGAACUGCAUUUUAAUGUAUUUGGAAUAUUAUUUAAUAGAUCUGGACGAAAAAAAGGAGCAUCACAUAAUUGACCCAUUACUGAUAAAUAAAUAAUUGUUUUCUAUUUUAAAAUUACAUUUUUACCCUUAAUGACAAAGCCAAAUUUUCAGCAGUCAUUACUAAGUAUAUACUGUGUCAUCUAAAGCUUAAGAAAACAUCCUAAUGUGCUAAUUUGUUACUCAUGAAAAAUGUCCUUUAUUAAAACAGUUGAAAACGGUCGUACUCUUUUAUAACGUUUGAACAUCGCAAUAGUGUUUUGCUGACCCUAGCAAAUCUCUCCAGGUAUUCAUCAGUCUGUUGUUGUUUGGAGAGAUGAAGGCUAUUCCAUGCACCACUGUCUUGAUAGAAGAAAUCACACUGGAUCUAAGAGAAAGGGAAAUGGACGGCCCAGAUGCACAACAACGACAAGUACAUCAUAGUCUCUAGUUUGAGAAACUGAUCCGUCACAGCUCCUAAACUAGUAGCUUCAAUGAACAAUACAUACCAAACACUUGCAUUGCUGCAAGUAGAGGAUUCCUGAAUGAACAGAAAUGAAAUUCAUCCUUGAAGCAUCAGUUUUCUUUUAAAAAAACAAAAAUGUCAGUGUUAUUUUGAACGGAAGUUUAUAACAAACGAAUGCAAAAAAACAAGGGCAAACAGAGCUUCUCUUUUUUGUAAAGCAAUAACAGAAAUUCCAUGAGAAUUUCGACAUCUGUAUGAGGCUAUAUGGAAACAAUAAGCAUGGAUAAAGUGACUAAUGUCAUGAGCAGCUCACUACCUCGCCUGAGAUUACAGUGAGAAGACAGUUUAAAAAUAGCCGGUGAGCAUCACUAUGUAGCACUUAAGUGUGAGGGGCGGUUGACCUCGAAACGUCUAAUUGAUGACAAUGAUACGUGAGCUGAUGAGAAGCUCCUGCCGUUGGGUUUGGACAUGAGUGUCAUGAUCCGCAUUUAAAACAUGUUAAAACCCUGCAAGACUUUCAAAGUCUCCUGUAAGAUUCCUCACAGCCCCAUAUAAACCCAGAGUCCAACUCUGGAUCCGCAGUCGGCAAGUUGGAGAAGACAUCCUCUGAGGUACAGCGUGAUAGCUUCAGAUUACAGAUAAAAAAGUCCCAAGAAUACAGACAUGAGGGGUUCAUCGUAUACCCAGAAGUCCCUGACUGUCAGCGGCUCCAGCAGGAUGAGGGUUCAGAGCCCAUCGCCCUCCCGAUGCAGAGCAUCUUCGUACAGUCGUGGUCGGGCCGGAUUCCAGGGUCAGGCCGUGGAAGUUGGCACCGAGAUCCAUCAGCACCACGCCAAUGAGAAGGAGGAGAUGCAGGAGCUGAACGUGCGUUUUUCCGGCUAUAUCGGGAAGGUCCAGGCACUGGAACAGAGGAACGCCACACUGAAAGCAGAGCUAGAAUCCCUGCAGGGACGCUUUAAAGGAGGUCCCGCCGGACUUGGGGAAGAAUAUGAAUUGAAGUUUAAAGAGAUGAGGGACCUGAUCGAAGCUCUGACCGCUGAGAAGGGUGCGGCUGAUAUUGAGAGAGGCUACAUCGAGGAGGAAGUGGAGGUCUGGAGACUGAAGGUGGAGGAAGAGCUGGCUCUCAAAGAAGAGGCAGAAAUAAUCCUCCGUGAGUUCCGUCAAGACGUCGACAACGCAACCCUACAGAAGGCCGAUCUGGAGAAAUGCAUCGAGCAGCUCGUGGCCGAGAUAGAGUUCCUGAAAAAGCUACAUGAUGAAGAAGUUGCCGACCUGCUCAGACAAAUCGAGGAGUCCAAGGUAACGGUGGAGCUCGACUCCGACAGGCCCGACCUGGCCGCAUACCUGCGUAACAUGCGGGCGGAGAUUGAGGCGGUGGCUGCCCGCAAUGUCCAGGAGGCAGAAAAGUGGUACAAGGGCAAGUUUGACACCCUGAAAGAGCAAGCCAGCAAACACGAGUACCAGAUGAAGACCAUGAAAGAGGAGAUCACCACCUUCCACAACCAGAUAUCAGACCUGCAGAACCAGAUCGACAGUCUGAGAGCACGGAACGGCGCUAUGGAACAGCAGCUUGAGGACAUGGAAGUGGCACACCUGGAGAAGGUGGCAGGGCUGGAGGGCAUCAUCGCUCAGCUCGAGAGCCAACUGUGUGAGACCAAAGUAGAAAUGGGAAAAUACUUGGCCGACUACCACGAGUUGCUCCACAUCAAGCUGAAACUGGAUGCUGAGAUCGCCACCUACAGGAAGCUACUGGAAGGAGAGGAGAAGCGGCUCGGCAUCUCUGUUACUGAGGGUGUGGCAGAAGCCGUGACAGAAGAGAGAACCACAUCCGUGUCUCGUACUGUAGAGACACACACGGCUAUUCAAGGCUGAAAACCUCUGGAAAACACUUCCUGCUACGCUAGAGUUAACCAGGCCCUCUGAGAUAAUGAACUCACAAUAAGAAAAAGUCUGUUUCUCAUGUAAAAGAACCAAAGAUGUCACAUGGUACUAAAUAAAGCUUGAUUUCAGUGCAUCUAUUGUAUCUGUUGUAUGUUUGUGUUGUGAGAUUCUGCACAAUGAAACCUUUUAUAAACAUCAAAAUCAUUAAACCCCCUUACAGCAAAAACACUCACUGAAGAGUAACCAAAUAUUGCUAAAAUGGAUUAUAUCAAAGUCUUUCUAGCAAGUCAGUCCACUGCCGGUCAUCUUUGGAACGCUCUCGGGAGGUUAUUUCCAGUUAUGACAGUGCAGCUCCCAUCUACUUGAAUGGGGAAAGACCGAAAUCUCCAAAAUGGUUGGUCAAGAUUAUGAUUAAAGAACAUAAAUCAGCAGUAAAAUCUGACAAGACUAGAAUCAUAAAUUGUGCUUCUUCACCUUAGAUUACGCUUAAAAGCACAAUGUUCCUGGAUUGCAUAGCUAAUGCGCAUGCAUGUUCUCGAGUUGAUUGACAGGCGAUGUCUACAUCUAAAAGCUGAUUGGCUCUUUUACCUGUAAGGCGGGACUUCCUUUCUACAUCCAUUGACUGCUGGGCCUUCCAAUUUCUCCCAAUCAAUUUCUUUAAUAGAAGUGGCUGAAUUGUCUCUGAUUAUAUCCAGUG